UUCAUUCAACAACUCAACAUGUCUGGUCGCGGCAAAGGUGGUAAAGGUCUCGGAAAGGGUGGUGCCAAGCGCCAUCGCAAGGUCCUUCGUGACAACAUCCAAGGGAUCACCAAGCCCGCUAUCCGUCGUCUCGCUCGUCGUGGCGGUGUCAAGCGUAUCUCCGGUUUGAUCUACGAAGAAACUCGUGGCGUCCUCAAGGUGUUCUUGGAAAACGUCAUCCGCGACUCCGUGACGUACACCGAACACGCUCGCCGAAAGACCGUCACGGCCAUGGAUGUCGUGUACGCUUUGAAGCGCCAAGGCCGCACCUUGUACGGUUUCGGCGGUUAAAUCGAUUGCUCACGCUCUCAGCUCUCAACGAGGACCAACAACUUGUUGCCUUCUUUACAUCUGGUGUUUUUCAACACCACCCUCUUUGUAUGAACUUAUCGUUCCCAUCCACUUCUUCGCUGUACUAAUCUCGUCGAUAUAACGCCUUUGAUCUGA